UGCUCGGAGCUCCCGUUUUUGCAAACCUCAUAAACCAUAUCCACCGAUGGCUACUGCACAGCCCCACUUCCGCUCAACUUCCCUUCUUUUUCUCCCCACCACACGCCAUUUUUUUCUCACCGAUUCUUAGUUUCUUCUCCAAAUCAUUCUUCUCCCAAUUCCCUCAAACUUCUCCCGGAAAAUCUCGUUUCUUGUAGUUGAUCCUAUUAACAAAAUGUUUCUGGGAUCUUGCAAAAUUUUCCGGGGAAAAUCCCAUACCUUCCAUGAAAUCCAAUGACCAUUUUUGCUUCCCUUUUCUCUUGAAUCAUAUAUAGAUUUGGAAAGGGAUUAGCUUUUUUUUCUUGUUCUGGUAUGGAGGUCGAAACAGAGCGAGUAGCUCAUAAAGAUUGCCAUAUCAAUGGCGCAAAACACGUCCUAUUUGGGAAGUACGAGAUGGGGAAGCUUUUGGGCCAAGGGACCUUCGCUAAGGUCUAUAAAGCGAAAAACUUGGUGACCCAGGAGAGAGUCGCCAUUAAAGCCAUUCACAAGGACCAUGUAAAGAAGAAAGGAUUGAUCGAACAAAUUAAGCGAGAGAUCUCUGUAAUGCAUCUUGUCAAACACCCAAAUAUCGUCGAGUUGAAGGAGGUCAUGGCCACCAAAUCGAAGGUUUUCUUCGUAAUGGAAUACGUGAGAGGUGGUGAGUUAUUUGCCAAACUCCAGCAGGGGAAGCUUAAGGAAGAUUUGGCCAGAAAAUAUUUCCAGCAAUUAAUCAGCGCAGUUGAUUUUUGCCAUAGCCGUGGGGUUUCUCACCGUGAUUUAAAGCCGGAAAAUCUCCUCUUGGACGAGAAUGGUGACUUAAAAGUCUCCGAUUUUGGUCUCUCUGCCCUGCCGGAGCAGCACUGGAACGAUGGGUUGCUACACACACAAUGUGGAACACCGGCGUAUGUUGCCCCUGAGGUUUUGAGGAAGAAAGGGUACGACGGCGCAAAAGCUGAUAUUUGGUCUUGUGGUGUUAUUCUUUUUGUUUUACUUGCUGGGUACUUGCCAUUUCAAAACGCGAAUUUGAUGAAGAUGUAUGUGAAGAUUUUCAAAGCAGAGUACGAGUUCCCGCCGUGGAUUUCACCGGAAGCCCGGAGAUUGAUUUCCAAGCAUCUCGUCGUCGAUCCAGAGAGGAGAAUCACAAUCCCUCACAUAAGGCAAAAUCCUUGGUUUCGCAGGGGACUCACAACACCCAUCACGAUUUCUAACGAUUUAGAAGAAAACGAGAAGGGUCGUGAACUUAUUGGUGAAGAAAUAACGAAAUUAUCAGAAACAAAUCAUUCUCCACCAUUCUACAAUGCAUUUGAAUUCAUAUCAGCAAUGUCGUCGGGAUUUGAUCUAUCAAGCUUAUUCGAAAACAAGAAGAAAUCGGGUUCAAUGUUCACUUCAAAGUGUGCGGCGUCGGUGAUCCUGACGAAGUUGGGGUCAGCGGCGAAAAAGUUGAAUUUUAGAGUGUUAAGUGACUCAGAAUUUAAGGUGAAAAUGCAAGGGAAAGAGGAAGGAAGAAAAGGGAAGCUGGCGGUGACAGCGGAGGUGUUCGAGGUAGCACCGGAGGUGGCGGUGGUGGAAUUCUCCAAGUCAGCCGGAGACACUCUUGAGUACACCAAAUUCUGUGAAGAAGACGUUAGGCCUGCCCUGAAAGACAUUGUUUGGAGUUGGCAAGGUGAAGAUAACUGUCACCAACUAGAAAGGACAAGUGGCAACUAGUUAGGUUUGGCUAAUUAUGGGCAAAAUAAAAAAUUUUUAAAAAGAAAAACAUACCAGAAGCCUAAUAUUGUAAAUGGUAUUGUCUAAAGCUUACUAUCCAUGUUUUUAUUGGUUUUGGUUAAGGCUCCUGGAUUUAGGGUUUGAAGAUAAUUGCAAAUGGUUGGGAUUUUGUGUAAAUGGGGAAUUUGUUGAAGGGGCAGCAAUAUGGAUUUUUGUCACAUAUAUGAGAUUGUUUCCUUCUAUUUCUGUUUCAAAA